UAGGCUAAAGAAGAAAAAUCCAUGACUUGAAUUAUGUAUAAAAUCUCUUUCCAAAUUUAGAAAAUUAUAUUGGCGUUCAAAUCAUAAUUUUUCAAUACAUGAAUGCCCAAAAUAGAUUCCCAAAAUUAGAAUUAAGUCAGUAAUAAGAAAAAGAUGUUCACCCUAAUUGUCAUUUAAUGCGGGGGAGAGGGAUUUCUUUCUUUUGUGUCAGCUGUUCCAUUUCAGCAGACUUUAUUGGAGGUUUUAUAUUCGUGAGACAGUCGCAAAGCCGAACUAUGCUUUUGGACUAUGCCUUAUGCUCUUCAUGAACAUCAACGAAUUCUCCUCAGUUCCACGCGAUCCCUCGUAGAGUUGAGUCAUGUAAAAGUUGCUCAUCGUUUGUCGAUGUAAGAAGUACAAUUGAAAUUAAAUUGAUCUUGAAAUUUCAAAUUGAAGUUAAAAUUUGUGAGUUUGGGAUUUUAAUGCAGUUAAUAGAAUUUAGUGCAGUUAGAAGAAAAGGAUUUACCUGAUUUACCAGAGAAUAAUUUCGUCCUGUUCCGAUUAAUUGGAUUAUAAUUCAUAAUUUACAAGAUUAAUUAGGAAAAAUUCAAGUUUGAAUGACAAUGGAAGUAGAUAAUCGAAAGUGGGCAAAUAGACUACCACCCCUCAACCUCACAGAUGCUUCAGUUUGUCCAAAUGAGACAAAUUGCUGCUGGACAAACCUCCAAAAACCCCCAAAGAUUACUAAAAAAUCCUGGCAAGAUAGCAGCUAUCGGAUACCUGAGGAUGAUCUUCCAUUAGAUCCUCGAGACUGGACACGAGCACAUGUGUGGAAGUGGUUAAAUGACUUGGCAACAAUGGAAGGACUCACAGUUACGCCGGAUAUGGCAGAAAAAUUCCCCAUGAAUGGAAAAGCCCUUUGCCUCAUGACAAUGGAUAUGUACUUGAAUCGCGUCCCAUUUGGCGGGAAGACGCUCUAUCGGGAUUUUCGUCUAAGAAUGGCACGAGCCAUGAGUCUCUGAAUUAUUCCAGCACAGAAUGCUUUCUCGCGUAAAUUAUGUAUAAUUUUUUUUAUAAGGAUACGCCCACCAAAUAUGUUUGUCUUGUGCCAUUUGCAGUAUUUUUUUUUCAAUUUGUAUACCAUUUUUUUUAUUAUCGUAACAUUGCUAAGAGAUUUUUUUUGAUUUUCUUUUCAAAGUAUUAUAAAAUGUAAAAGAUUUUUUUUGUAUGAGAAGUUUGUAAUUACGAA